AUUUGACACGAGAUGGGCGAUCGGUCGUUCUAUGGCAGCGUUCCGCAGCUGGCGCAGCUCAAGAGCGCACCGGCGAGCGCGGGCAUGAGCGGCGUCAGCGUCCAUUUUGAAGACCACGGCGACGUGUGGCAGUUUGUGCUGCCGUCGCUGGACGAGCGCCUUCCGCUGCGCAACAUUGCGUGGAAGAACCACCUCCAAGUCAACAAGACCAUCGACCGCCUCCAUAUCCACUUUUACCAGGUGCACACGCAGGCGCAGCUGCUCAAGCAGCCACAAGCGACGACGGGUAGCGUGCCGCCCACCGGCCUUGUCUUCCUCUUUGUCGUCAAGUGCGAGGACCUCGCGACGUACAAGACCAAGAUCAAACCCGCCUUGAGUGCGUGGGUCGAUCGCAUGAACCUCCUCAAGAACGAGUGGCUCGUCUUGUAUGUCCCCCUUGGGACGCAAGCCACCUCGUCGACGGCCGCAGCGGCUACCGUCGCGUCCCGUGGCCUCAGCGCGUUUGGCACGUCGUUCCGGGACUCGUCCAAGGUCUACCGCAAGAUUUUUGACAAGCUCCGGGCCGACUUUAGCGACAAGAACGACCGGCUCGAUCGGCUCUGCAAGAUCGAGGUGCUCGAAGGCAACACGGUCGUCGGCGCCGCGCCCGGCCAGCAGCCGCAGCACGAAGCGCAGUGGUCCGAGCUCCUCCUCAAACUCAAAACGUGCAUCAUGGAAGCGUUUGAGACGCGCUGCUGCGAGUACGAAGAAGAGCUCCGCCUUCUUGACGCCAAGCGGUCGCUCUCGGGCUGGGACUUUAGCUCGUUCUUCCAAGUCAAGGAGAGCCUCGCACUGCUGUACAGCCAGGCAUCGCUGUACGACGACGCCCUGCGCCACUACGACGAGCUCGAGGCCAUUUUCAUGACGCUCGACGACGCCGCGCAGAACGACUUGCCGGCGCUGGAAGCCACCGACGCCAUCUUCUCGUCGUCGCCCUUUGAGAUCGACCUCGUCGUCGUGCGCAUGUCGAUCGCGGUCAACGCCGCGUCGCCGCUGCACGUCCGACUGUAUCUCUUUUGCCGCCAAGUCGCGAUUCUGUACCAGCGCUACGAUUACGUGGCGGUCUGUGACCGCAGCUUGCUCUUUCUACCGCAGUUUCUGCUGCUUCUGCAACGCACGAGCUUGCUGCCACCGACGCUGCCGCUGCAAUGGGCGAUAGGUGCCGCGGUCGCCCUCGCCGUCUCGUGCGAAACCGAGUUUGAGCAGUACCAGGUCUCGCGGCCCAAAGCCGAGCAAGCCCAGAUGACGCUCAUCGCCGCGCCGCUCGGGGAGCUCCUUUACUUUGCGCGGCGUGCGUGCAAGCGGCUGCCACCGACGUCGCCGACUCCGGGCCGUCAUUGGUACACGCUCUGCUUGCAGCCCGAGGCGCUGCACCAAGUGACGUACUGGGCCUCGGUGCAUUAUGCGACGGCGGGUCGCCUUCGCUUUGCGGCGUUUCUCAGCGCCGAGUGUGCACGCUACGACGUGACGAACGCGACGUCGAUCGACCGCGCCGCCAGCUUGUACCUUAAGCACGUUCACCAGCUGCAGCUCGACCAGUGGGGCGACGCGCUGGAAGCCUCGAUCGCGGCGCUCGUCGACGUGUACAUGAGCAACAACGACGUUGCGGCGGCCGCCACGAUGUGUCUGCACUGGCUACAGCUCGAGCCGUCCAUCGAUCGGCUGCGAAAAGAGAGCGACAAGGGGCUGCAUUCCUUUUGGCUCAACACGUUGGCGCCCAUCACGACGGUGCCAUUGCACGACUUACUCCACGUGCUCCCGGCGUCGUCGGUUGCUCUGCCAACCAUGGCGCUGCAGAUCCGGAAUCGCCUGCUCCGGCCGCUGCCCGUCGAGAAGAUUGCAGUGGCUUUUCGUUCCAGUACCGUCAGUGACCCGACGGUGGAGGAAGCAGCACGCUUGUGGUUUGCGCUGCCCAGCGACGACGUUCUUCUUCUUGCCGGCAACGCGGUGACAAGUGUGUUGCUGCGCUACGACGGGCCGCCACUCGCCCCGGGCGUCUACGUCGCAUCGCUCCUGACCUGCAGCAUGGCCAAGCAACGUGUGAGCUUCGAUCUGGACGCGCCGCUGGUCUUCAAUGUCUCGCCGCUGCAUCCAAGUUCAUUAGUGCUCUGCGCCCAGGCAGUGCCGCUGCUCACGCCUCAAACGACCGUCGGCUGGACCCUCCGCGUCGAGUUGAACGACGACGUCUUGGAGUCUGGCAGCCUCGCGCUGUACGUCCAGUCGCCAGAGACGGAUCCGACGACGAUCGCGUUCGAGGGGCAUGUGCUGCGCUUUACCAUUGACGUGGCCGUGCGCCCGUCACCACGUGACUCGAAAGCGACACUCUGCGCAGAGCUCUCGUAUGCGUACGCCCACCACAGUGACAGCAGCCUCGUCUACGCGGCCUCGACGGUUGUCGACCAAGCAUUCGCCGUGCGGCAUGCGAUGCAGCUGCGCGCCGAGAUGGCGUGUGUGCCUCGAUCCCACCAGCUCUUUCUACACGUGCCGCUUGUCUGCAACGACGUCGCUCCGAUCGAGGUCGACCCUCGCGCCUGUGCAUUCAUCGUGUCGACCGACGGCGGCAACGACCACGAUGUUUUGAGCGAACGGCUGCCGUGGAUUGAGGUCGAUUUCAACCCGCUGCGUGGGAUGAAGAGCCCGAUGCAACUGCGUCCCGGAUCGCCUUUUAGCCUCAGCUUUGUCCUGCGCGUCGAGUGGGAUCGCGUUCCACAAGACGCGUCGGCGACGGUCCGCGUGGCGUACGCCCUUGAUGGCCAGUCAUCGUGCAUGGACUUUCCCGCCGACCUCGUCGCUGCCGCAGCCGCGCGCCGUCCGCCGCAGCCGCGCGCUACGCUCCGUGUCGUGUGCUUGAGCGAAAGCGACUGGCUCGUCCUUGGCAAGGUCGUCGAGUUCCGAGUCGGCGUGUCACCGAGCGACGAAACGCGCUUCGUGCGGCUGGCCAGCAGCGCGUGGGCUUGCGCCGGCAAGGCGUCGCAGCUCGUUCGUGAGACGACGCUUCGGUUCAAGCUCCUGCCUCUGCGCGUCGGGAGCGUACCGGCGCCCACCUUUGAGCUUGUGCGCGCUGAUGGCUCGCGCAUUGACGUCGACGAAGACCAGCUGCGGACGCACCUCGUGCUCGGCACCGGCGCGUCGUCGUAG